AUGCAGAAGCACAUCGAUGGAGCUCAGCACAAGCGCCGCAUGGUGUUGUCCGGCAUCCUCGAGGACGAUCAGAUCUUGCCUCCUGUCCCUCCCUCGCUUGCGGCGCGUGGCAUUGUUUUGCAGAAGGGGAAGGACGGCACCCUCCAGUAUAUGUGUCAGAAGUGCAAAGCGGGUCCAUUUCCCACGCUAGAUAGUGUGGACUCGCACCUGCAUGGUGCCAAGCACCUGCACAAGGAGGGUCGAGAGCCGGAGCUGCAACUCACGGCAGACCUUGCCAAGGAGGGAUUUGUUCUCUCAGCCGCCGGAGAGCUAGAGUGUCGCCUGUGCGAAGCAGGGCCAUUUCGGGAUCGGCAGAGUCUGAGGCUCCAUCGCCAGUCCUUGCAGCAUAGAGGCCACGGCGACACAUGUGCCAGGCCGCCAAGGAUGGAGGAGGAGUUGCGAGAGCUUCCAGGUUACUGCAAUCUGUUGGGCAAUGCAUUCUGCUGCUUCCUCUGCGAUGUGUCCGCACCAUCUCUGGAUGGCAUGUUGCAGCAUCUUGCGGGCAAGAGCCAUCGAAAGGCUUGCCAGGCUCAUGGUGAGCCAGAGCCGCUGAUUCUCUGCAAGGAUCUCGUCUGUGAUCAGGUCUCCGACGUGUACCCCUUGCAGGGUCGGCUCCGAGACGUCGACCUGGAGCCGAUCUUCAGAAAAGGCGCGGGCACUUGGCAGGAAGCCGGACCUGGCCACAAGAAACGACAGGGUGUGGCUGCGUCACAAGAUUUGCCCAAGCCUCGCGCGAUGGUCUCGAAGGAUGAUGUAGAGAAUUGCGGCGAACCAUCCUACUUGGCUGCAAAAGUUGGGGACAAAGUCGUCGUUGUGUCAGACGACGCCGGAAGUCCUUGGGUCUGGGCAGAGAUUGAUGAGCAGAGAGGCUGGUUUCCCAGAGAUGCGCUCGUCAAGAAGCUUCCACCGUGGAAGCUCAAGAAGGCCGCGAGCAAGACCGCGAAGGCUGCCGGCCCCACCACACCCGCGCCUCCGCGGGUUAUGGUUGUCUGCUCAGAGCCAUUGAACUUUCCCGAUGUGCCGGUCGGCCAGCAGUUACUACAUGCUGAAGCUGGUGACGAGGUGACAAUCUUGAUGGUCGGUGAAGGCGGUGACUGGGUUUGGGCGGAAUGCAAAGGCGAGCACGGGAUGUUCCCGAGAAGGUUUCUGGAAGAGCGGAAAUCCUCUGAGCAGGUUCAAGGCGUCCUGGAGUCCGACUCCGACUUCGAACUUCGCGUCACUCCACCGGAGACGCCCUUGGACUGGUCGGAUGUCGGCCGAAGGAGAUUCGACUGCAUUAACGACGUCACCGAAGCCUUUCUCCGGGUUGUGAAGAUGCGUGAGGAGCGACUGGAAUCCCAGCAGAUGUCGGCAUCAGAAAUUCUGAAAGAAGCGGUACGAAAGACUGCCGAAAGGUCCGGUUCGCAACCUUUCAUGCCACCAAAGAGGUCUCGGCCUUCCAGCAUCCCCCGAGAGCGGCACCACUGGCAAGAACGAUCCGGAGUCCGCAGCCGACGGGCUUACGGUCGAAGUCGACAGCAUGGAAGGAUGAGCAAUCCCCCAUAUAUGUCCGACAGGUUGAGUUGA